UUUUCUAAACACAAAUUGCUAACAUGAACAGUUACUUACUUUAAUUAAUUUCAAUUUUCUACACAAACUUGUCUCUAUAAAACCCAACCACUCUUCCAAACUCCAACAAAACCCAAAAUCCAACCAAACAAUCUCAAAGAACAACAUCAUCAAAAUAAAUGGGACUUCUUCAAUGUCCUUUAUGUUGCUACUCACAAAACCAACAACAGCAUGAAAAAACAGAACCUCACUCCCAUGAUCAUAUUCAUUCAGAAUCAUCAACUUCUUCAUCAAUUUCUUCACAACCAAGUCUUCCUUCUGUUCCUUCUCUUUCCUCACAACAAUCUCAAACCACACAUCACAAACUUCUUACAACAAUCAACGGUCAUUCUUCUCCCAUCUUCUCCCUCACUCUUCAUAGCAAAUUUCUCUAUAGUGGCUCUUCCAAUAGUGAAAUAAGAAGAUUUGAUAAAGACCCUUUUGCCCUUCAAUCCUCAAAUAACACAAACAACUUGGUUUCAAUUAGUCAUGGAUCAAAAUCAACCAUUAAGUCAAUGAUUGUUGUUAAUGAUAUGUUAUUUAGUGCUCAUCAAGAUCAUAAAAUCCGAGUUUGGAAAAUCGAAACAACAACGAAAAUAACAGCAACUAGUGAUAGUACUAAUCAUGAUCAGAGACUAUUCAAAUGUAUAGCAACACUUCCAACAUUCAAUGAUAGAUUUUCGAAGCUUUUUUCAUCGAAAAAUUAUGUCGAAGUUCGAAGACAUAAGAAAUGUACAUGGGUGAAUCAUGUUGAUGCUGUUUCUUCUCUUGCUAUUUCAAAAGAUGGUUUUUUUCUGUACUCUGCUUCGUGGGAUAGAACAUUCAAGAUUUGGAGAGUUUCUGAUUUUAAGUGUUUAGAGUCAGUGAAAAAUGCACAUGAAGAUGCAAUCAAUGCAAUUGUUGUUUCAUCUGAUGGAAUUGUUUAUACUGGCUCAGCUGAUAAAAAGAUCAAAAUUUGGAAGAAAAAAAAUCAUGAAGGUGAAAAAAAGCACUUUUUGAUAGGAACAUUGGAGAAGCAUAAAUCAUCUGUGAAUGCUUUAGCACUUAAUAAAAAUGGGUCAAUUUUGUAUUCUGGUGCUUGUGAUAGAUCAAUUUUAGUUUGGGAGAAAAUCGACAACAAUGUUGAAAAUUGUUCUGAACUGGGUCAAGGUCCGAUGAAUCUGGUUGGCGCCCUACGAGGGCAUACUAAGGCUAUAUUGUGUUUGGUUGCGAUGGAUAAUUUGGUUUGUAGUGGAUCAGCUGAUAAUAGUAUUAGGAUAUGGAAAAGAGGAAUUGAUGAAAAAAGUUAUAGUUGUUUGGCUGUUUUGCAAGGUCAUAGAAAACCAGUUAAGUGUUUGGCAAUGAUAGAUGAUUCUAAAAGAGGUAAGAAUGGUGGGGAUGAUGACGAUGAUGAUUGUAGUUCUUAUCUUGUAUAUAGUGGUAGUCUUGAUUGUGACAUUAAAGUUUGGCAAAUAUGUGUUCCUUUGAUUUGAUUCUAUUCAUUACUUUUAGUUUGUCAUGUAGAAUGAGAUGUUUCCCUUAUUUUGUUAUGGAAGAUCAUCUUUGUCCUUUUUUUUUGGUUUUUA